GCUGAUUGGCCGCGGACGCGGGGUACCUAUGGCGGGCAUGGCGGGGUACGUGAGGCUCGGGACCGCCGCCAGCGCGCCCCUCAUGGGGCUGGGAACAUGGAAGUCCCCCCCAGGUAAGGUGGCAGCUGCGGUGAUGGCUGCCAUCGAUGCCGGGUACCGCCACUUCGACUGUGCCUACGUGUACCAGAAUGAGAAGGAAGUUGGGGAAGGGAUCCAGCAGAAAAUCAAGGAAGGUGCUGUGAAACGAGAGGAUCUCUUCGUGGUCAGUAAGCUGUGGUGCACCUUCCAUGAGAAGCCUCUGGUGAAGGGAGCCUGCCAGAAGACUCUUGCAGACCUGAAGCUGGAUUACCUGGAUCUCUACCUUGUCCACUGGCCUUUUGGCUUCAAGGCAGGAGAGGAUCUGUUCCCUGUAGAUGACAAAGGCCUGGCCAUCCCCAGCAACACAGAUAUUCUACAGACGUGGGAGGCCAUGGAAGAGCUGGUGGAUGCUGGUCUGGUAAAAGCCAUUGGAAUCUCCAAUUUUAACCGUGAGCAGAUUGAAAGAAUCUUGAACAAGCCAGGACUGAAGCACAAGCCUGCAAAUAACCAGAUUGAGUGUCAUCCAUACCUGUCCCAGGAGAAGCUGAUUGACUACUGCCACUCCAAAGGGAUCACUGUGACAGCCUACUGUCCCCUUGGACGUCCUGAUGGUUCUAAACCAGAGGCACCUUCUCUUCUGGAUGACCCCAAGAUCAAGGAGAUUGCAGCCAAGCACAACAAAACCCCAGCCCAGGUUCUCCUUCGCUUCCAGAUCCAGAGAAAUGUGAUUGUGAUUCCCAAAUCUGUCACCCCACAGCGCAUUGUGGAGAACUUCCAGGUGUUUGACUUUGAACUGACUAAAGAGGAGAUGGCAACUCUUCUUAGCUUAAACAGGAACUGGAGAAUCUGUGAAAUGGUCACGUGCAAAAAUCACAAGGCAUACCCUUUCAAUGCAGAAUACUGAAGAUGGGUUUUUUCCUGCCCUUUCUCAGGCCUCCAGGGUCUAAUGAGUUUCUACCAUUGCCUCAGACUGUGCACUAUGUAGCUUACACACUGUAUCCUUCUUGCCAGCAAAGGCAAGGUUAUUGUGUUCAGUGACUUUGGGUUUUUUUCUUUGGUGGAAGGAAAUUGUACAAUUGUUCUGAAGAACAAAAUGUGGGCUGUGAUAAUUCUCAUGACAUGAGUAUUUCUGCAUGGCUGAAAUAGCAAAGGGGAAAACAGAAGAGGGAAUGAGCAACUGGUUUUAUCUACUGUCUUACAUCAGCACCAUUUAAGGUUGCAGGGUUAAGGAUAUGUAAGUGGAGGAGAAAAGUGCAUCCUGAAUAAUCACAUAAUCACUGCCUGAAGGUAAAAGACAAAAUUAACUUCUAGAGUACAGCUCAAAGCUUUCUGGGAAAAAAAAAUAAAUGAGAGAAGUGUCCAGAUGAAUACCAACUCAUACUGGGCUUUAUUUCAGUCACUUUUUUUACAGGCUGAAACUGGAAAGAGAUUGAUGUUCAAUUUCAUUCUUGACCAAAAUAAAAAUUGGAUUA